AUGGGCUACUUCUUCCGCCUGCUGCAGCUGCUCUCCACUUGUGCGGCCUUAUCCCUGGUGGCCAGUGAGAGAGCCUGGAGAGCGGAUGUAAGCAACUGGUCCAUGUUCAUCUGGUGCUUUUGCUUCGCCGUGAACCACUUUAUCGUCCUAGUUGAGGUAUGUGAACUCCAGGAGCAAUUUUCUUUGUCCUGGGACAACUUUCUCAUCACCUACACCUGCUUCUCUGCCCUCGCCUGCCUCUCAGCCUCCAUCAUGUACCCCAUCAUCCAUCUUCAGCUGUUGAGUUAUGGCACCCAGUGGAACCAUGCUAUUGCCGCCACUGCAUUCUCCUGUAUUGCUUCAGUGGCUUACACCAUGGAAACAGUCUGGACCUGUGUCAACACUAGUGAGUCCUGCUCCUUUAUCGGCCUGCUCAAAAAGCUAGAGAUCAUUGUGGCCUGUUGCAUCCUUGCCUUCAUCAGCAACACCUUCCUGUACAUGCACCAGCAGGCCCUGGUGUGGUGUGUGGCCGUGUACUCCAUCUGCUUCAUCCUGGGGGUCAUAUCCUUAUUGCGGCAUCGGUGUGACUGUGACGAGAGUCUGCCCUCCUCCCAUUUUGUGUUUGGGCAGACCGUGCUCGCCGUCCUCCUCUAUGCCACUGCUGCUGUCCUCUGGCCUCUCUAUCAGUUCAACGAGCAGUUUGGCGGGAAUCCCCAGAGGUCCAGAGAUGCAAGCUGCAAUGCUGGGUAUAGCUUGUGCAUCUGGGACCAACAACUGGUUGUGGCCACCCUGACAGCCAUCAACCUGCUGAUUUACGUGGUUGACCUGGUGAUCUCGGCCUUCCGGAUCUGA